AUGGAGUUGCAGAAAACCGGCGUUGAGUCAAAUGGCCUCGCGCAGAGCGAAUACGAUCCUUUCCGGCACCGUCGCGUGAAAAAACCAAACUCCACCAAUGGCACGAUCAUACACAUGCUUAAAGGAUCGCUCGGUACCGGCAUACUGGCAAUGCCGUCCGCCUUCCGUAAUGGUGGGCUGGUGUUCGGACUUAUCGGCACAACGCUGGUGGGACUAAUAUACGCACACUGCGUUUAUCUUUUGGUAUCGACUUCACAGAAAUCAUGCAAACGAACACGAGUGCCACUGCUCGGCUUUUCGGAAACGGCACAAAGCGUCUUCCAACAUGGACCAGUUGCUACACAACGUUUUGGUAAUGCCGCAAAGGCCUACAUCGAUUACUCGCUGCUGAUCGUAAGCUUCUUCUCCGUCUGCGUAUAUCUGCUGUUCAUUGCGACUACGCUGCGUGAUGUCAUUAACAACGAGCUGGGGAUCGAGUGGGAUACACGUGUCUACAUCCUGCUUACGGCAGUUCCGUUGAUUUUCGUAACGCAGGUUCGGGAACUGCGGUACCUGGUGCCGUUCUCCGCUCUGGCCAACGGACUGAUACUGGUCACCUUCGGCAUCACCUUGUACUAUAUCUUUCGCGAACCGAUCGACCUCAGCAAGCUGGAACUGUUUCCAGAAAUUACGGCGUUGCCUUCGUUUUUCGGAACGGUGGUAUAUGCGGUGGAAGGUAUCGGUGUGGUACUCCCGGUGGAGAAUAAAAUGAAACAUCCUCAGCAUUUUCUUUCUUGUCCGGGGGUGCUCUGCAUUGUACUCAGUUUCAUCACCGUUCUAUACAACGUGACCGGCUUUUUUGGAUACGCACGUUACGGUGCUGCAACCAAACCUUCGGUGACGCUCAAUUUACCGAUGGUAGAAAGACUGGCCUUAUCUACACAAUUACUCGCCGCCCUUGCUAUUCUGUUCACCCUUGGCAUCUAUUAUUACGUUCCGAUGGACAUCUUGUGGCGAAAGGUGAAACAUUGGUUCCCCGUCCAACGACACAAUCUGGCCCAGAUCGGUAUACGCUUUGGGAUUUUGCUAGCCAUGACAAGUCUGGCCCUGGGCGUACCAGAACUUGAACCGUUCAUCGGACUCGUAGGAUCGAUCUGUUCCGCGACGCUUGGCUUACUGACACCGAUCGUCCUGGAUACGGUGUUUCGUUGGUCAACUCCUGGAGCGUUCGGUGCGUUUCGCUGGCGUUUGGUAAAAAACACAAUUCUAAUGGUAUUCGGACUGUUCAUCCUUGUAGUAGGUACGUACUUUAGCAUCAAGGAUAUCGUCGAAAUUUAUGGUUCACCUAGAAAUGGAUGA